GCGGGAGGAGUUUCCGAAAUUGCAAAACCUCAACCAUUCCCCUCUUCUUGAUCAUGGAAGAUCCUAUGGUGUUCACCUCUGCCACACUGCCCUCUGAUCCCCGACUCCUUGCAACUGUGACCAAUGCCUAUCUGGGCACCCGGAUCUACAGGGACAUCCUCCAUGUAAAUGGGAUCUAUAAUGGAACAGUUGGGGACACUCAUCGAGCUGAUAUCCCCAGUCCUGUUAAUGUCAGAAUGAAUAUGGUGACCGAGGACAACCUGAAUGAGACUUUUUCUUUGGAUACCAGGACAGGGACUUAUAUUCACACAAUCCAGUCCUCGGGUUCUACAGCCACUCACAGAAUCUAUGCGCACCAUUCCCUGGUUCACCUUCUGGCCUUCAGCAUAACUAUACAGAGAUCAGACCACAAUGUUCAGCCCAUCAUGGUGAACCUGCAGAGCCCAUUCAUACCAGAGAGUCCAGACCUGGACUUGUAUAGAGGGCCUCAUUUCCAGGGAGCUGACUACCUCUAUGGGAAGACGCUGGUGCCUGAAGUGGAAGGUGGCCCUCAGCCUAGCAUACACAUGAUCUGGAGCCCGGUGCCAGAGUCACUGACCCUCCCAGGGGAAGAGAAGGAGAAAUGCUGGGAGUUCCUCACGGCCAUCGCAGAGACUGAAGAAGAUGCAAAAAGGUGUUUUAGUGAAGGGAUGUCGCUGAUUGGUUCUGGCUCCUUGUAUUUGUCUCACACCCAGUCAUGGGCAGCCCUUUGGGAAGGAUGCUGCGUAGCAGUUGAGGGUCCUCUUUCCUUCAGCCAGGCCAUCUAUGGAUGCCUCUAUUACCUGCUAAGUGCCAUUCCUCCUGUGGGCGCUUCUGAAUUCCCAUUCUCUGGAAUGAGCCCUGGGGGUCUUUCUAAUGGCACAUGUGGAGAAGAUUACUGGGGCCAUGUCUUCUGGGAUCAGGAUACCUGGAUGUACCCAAACAUCUUGCUUUUCUACCCGGAAGCAGCACGUGCUAUCCUGAAAUAUCGGAUACAAACGCUAGAGGGAGCCCUGUACAAUGCACGGGAACAGGGAUACAAGGGCGCAAAGUUCCCAUGGGAGAGCGCAGCAACAGGCCGAGAGGUCUGCCCUGAGAAGAUUUAUGGAGAGGAGGAAAUUCACAUCAAUGGAGAUGUUAUGCUGGCAUUUGAACAGUAUUACCACACAACAGAGGACUUGAAGCUCUUUGAGGAGGAAGGUGGUUGGGAGGUUGCCUGUGCUGUGGCUCAGUACUGGUGCAGCCGAGCGGAAUGGAGCUCAGAGGAACAGAACUACCAGCUCAACGGUGUCCUGCCUCCAGAUGAGUAUCAUCCUGCUGUCAAUAACUCUGUUUAUACCAAUGCUAUUGCCCAGAGGAGUUUGAACUUUGCAAUUGAGUUGAGCACGCAGCUGCAUAUUCCCAUUCCUGAGGAGUGGAAGGAGGUUGGGAAGAAGAUUAAAAUACCCUUUGAUAAAAACAGGAACUUCCACCCAGAGUAUGAUGGGUAUUGCCCAGGUGAGUUAAUUUGGGAGACAAGAAGAAGGAAUGACCUUGAGAUCUAUGAGCCUGUGACUGAUACUCAGGGGCCAGCCAUGACCUGGAGCAUGUUUGCUAUUGGUUGGCUGGAGCUGAAAGAGACAGAAAGAGCACAACAACAGCUGAGCAAGUGUUUCAGCAAUAUCACUGAGCCGUUCAAGAUCUGGGUAGAGAACGCAGAUGGAUCAGGAGCUGUGAACUUCUUGACAGGAAUGGGUGGAUUUUUGCAAGCCAUCCUUUUUGGAUACACAGGAUUCAGGAUCACCAAGAAGUGUCUGAACUUUGACCCUGUUUGUCCAGAUGAUGUCAAGGAGCUCAAGAUCACUGGAAUCUGCUAUUUAGGAUGUAAGUUGGAUUUCACCCUCACCAAGGGGAACAUCACUUUCCAAGUGACAAAGACCUCCUCUGAUCCGCCAUCUGAACUAGAGGUUGUUCUGGCAGGAACAGGAGAGCGACUCCCCUUGAAGGAAGGGCAGAUUGUCUCCUUCCCCACAGCUGAUGGAUGGAUCCAGAAGACAUCUACUGAAGCAUUCUAAAUUCAGCUUGUUUUAAUACUGAUACCGUGACAAAUGUGAGAACCACAAAGCCUUAUCAAACCAAAGUUAAUGACACAGAGCCAAUAUUUUAAAGCGCCAUGGCCUGUCUACAUGCAAUAUCACUGUGGAGACUCAGCCUUUGUUGCCUUGUGUGCACAAACUGCCUGUUCCAUGGGAGUUAAUCUGGGAUUCUUCACUGUCACUCCAUUGGAGGCCUAGCGUCCUUCCUGACCAGAGGGCAGGCUUGGAAAAGUUCUGGAAAUGGGGGACAAAUGAAAGAGGCUUUCUUCUCACUCUUCUCAGGGAGAAAAACUAAUUUUCCCUGAUAACUUCUUCUUAUAGUCUAUGACUGACUUCAUAAAAUGAAGUCAUUUCUUUCAGUGUAAACCACUGCAUAUUGUCUGAAAAAUAUGAAUAUUCUCCUAACCAGCAUUUCCAUUGUAAUUCUGAAGAGAUCUUGGAAGGAAUUGGUUACAAGUAACAUAAUUACCUAUAACCAGUAACAUGUUCAGAUGAUGUGAGUACAACAAAGUUACUUUUCUGGACUCACAUAAGUGAGAUAGAAUUCAACAAUUAACCAGUAACAAGGUCCAAUUAUUUUCACAAGUUGCUUUUAAAAGACAUUUUAAGACAUUUUUAGAGAUCACAGUUGUUU